CCCGGUUGCAGGCGAGAAGAUGGCAAGCGGCGCCCACUUCCCUUUGCCCGGCCAGGCCAGCGGCGGGCUGCCGCGCUACGAGGAGCUGAAGGACGAGCACGAUAUGGCCAUCCUCGACCCCGCGGGCGCGUCGCCUGGCUCCACCGUGAUCCACAUGCACAACCAAAGCCAAGUCUGCGUGGCGCCUCCCCGCGACCAUAUCUUGUGGUCGAUCUGCACCAUGAUGUACUGCAACUUCUGCUGCCUCGGGUUCAUGGCCCUGGUCUUCUCGGUUAAGGCAAGAGAUCGCAAAGUGGUUGGUGACCACAGUGGAGCUCGCAGCUAUGGUUCUACUGCCCAGUGCCUCAACAUCACAGCUGUGACCCUGUGCAUUGUGCCCAUUGUCAUUGUCAUCAUCCUGCUAGCAACAGGGUUUUUCACUCCCCAAUUUCAUAAUGGUUAUUAGGAAGCCUAUGGAGAACCAUGUCACAGACGGGUUUCCCUUGUAAAACCACUCACUGCCUUUUCCCUUGCUGCCAAGGUUCCCACUCAAGUAACUUUGUUUGUGGGUAAUGGUGAUGUUUUGCUUUCCAAUGACAUGGGUGUGUAGCUGGUCAAAGAGCAGCCCUUAUAUUGAGAAUAUGGUACUUCCAGUGAUGUCUCUCUAGUGCUUGUGAAGGCGGAGCUGGAUAAGCAUCAAUUUCAAGAGUUGCCAUGCUGUGAAUUGUGCAUUAGAGGGAUUCCCCCCCCAAAAAAAAAAAUCCACAUGGCUCUAGUGCCUCUUCUCUCAAGUUAUUUUCCUAGCAUCCAGUUUUCUCUCUUGCUGGUACACAUGGGGACCAAGUGACAUGAAGAUUCAUCUCCUGUUCCUGAUGCAAGGAAAACAAAUUAUCCAGUAUUUACACACAUCCCCACUUCUUUGUAAUAAGAGAUGCUUGUAGUUUGUUUUUGCAACAUA